AUGGACCAGCGGUUUCAGUUGACAGAGCUCAUUGGAAAAGGGUCGUUCGGCGAUGUGUUCAAGGGGAUCGACAAGGAGACGGGCAAGCAGGUGGCUGUGAAGAUCAUCGACCUGGAAGAAGCUGAGGAUGACGUGGAGGAUAUUCAAAAGGAGAUUGCACUGCUGGCAGAGUGCAGAGCUCCCAACAUCACCAGGUACUACGGCAGCAGUGUGCACAACACCAAGCUAUGGAUCGUCAUGGAGUUCAUGGCGGGCGGCAGUGUGGCCGACCUGCUGCAAGAGGCCCCUCUGGACGAGGCGUCCAUAGCGUACAUCCUGCACGACCUGCUGCAGGCUUUGGAGUAUCUGCACUCGGAGAAGAAGAUCCAUCGUGACAUCAAAGCGGCCAACAUUCUGUUGAACGAGGAUGGAGAUGUCAAGGUGGCUGAUUUCGGUGUGUCCGCCAAGCUCACCAAAACCAUCUCCAAGCGAAAGACGUUUGUGGGAACGCCCUUUUGGAUGGCGCCAGAGGUCAUUCAGAACACCGACGGAUACGACGAGAAGGCGGACAUCUGGUCGCUGGGCAUCACAGCCAUCGAGAUGGCCAAAGGGGAGCCGCCCUUUGCGGAUCUGCACCCCAUGCGCGCGCUCUUCCUCAUUCCCAAGGACCCUCCGCCGCAGUUGGACGACCAUUUCUCGAAGCCUUUCAAGGAGUUUGUCAACCUCUGCCUUAACAAGACUGCCAGAGAGAGGCCCAGCGCCAAGGAAUUACUCAAGCAUCGGUUCGUGAAGUAUGCACGCAAGACCCCGCGGAUCAUCGACCGCGUGAGGGAGAGGGUGGAGAGUGCGGGGGAUCGCAUUGUAUCGCCGCGCAUGAAGCCAGACGACCCUGAGGACGGCCCUCCCCAAUCCGCCGCUGCUGCUGCUGCCGCCGCCGUCGCCGCUGCCACUGCUGCUAGCAGUGCUCCCAGGCACUCGCGCAUGGCGAGUUGGGAUUUCGGCACGGCCACGGGCACCAUGAAACCCACUGAAACUCUUCGCAGGCAGAUUCGUGCCGCUGUUGCUGAUCCCUCUGAGGGGGGCCCAGAUGGCCUGGGGCGGGAUGAUGGGGGCGGGGGAGGCGGAGGGGGAGGAGGGGGAGGGGGAGGGGAUGGGUAUGAUGGGGGGAAGCGGAGUGGGACGGUGCGGCGCAAGCCGCGUGAUUCUGGGAGUGGGACUGUAAAGAAGGGUGCGAACACAGGCACGGUUAAGGCCAGCAAGGGGAAAGGGGGGUCGUCUGGGGGAUCGGGGGGAGGAGCAGGGGGAGGAGGCGGGGGAGGAGGAGGGGGAGGGGGAGGAGGGGGCGGAGGAGGAGGGGAGGAGGGAGUGGCGAAUGGGGAGAAGGGGGGGUUGGGGGCGGCAAGGGGCGCAGGAGAGGCAGCAAGCCGCCCCUGCCUGAUGGUUCUCAAGCGUAAGGUUGGUGCCAGGGGUGUUAUGGGAGUUCUGGCUCCCUCACUCGCUCUUCUGGAGGGUGGACGGAAGGAGGACUGGGCAACCAACAAGGCAGAGGCACUCAAGGCCAUGAAGGGAGGGAGGGAAGAGCCAUGCUACGUUGACUCGUGUGUUCCUUCUGUGCCCUCUCCCCGUUGUCCCCCUUCUCUGUUCCUCCUUCCGCAUUCCUUCCCUCAGUCGGAGGAGGGUGGGCGCAAGGAGGAUUCGGCAACCAACAUGGCAGAGGCACUCAAGGCCAUGAAGGGAGGGAAGAAGGGCGGGGGAGGGCGGGCGAGCAGAGCAGGCGGGGGAGGAGGAGGGGGAGGGGGAGAUGCCAUGGACAGUGGCACCGUUCGAACGAGAAAACCCAAGGCAGGGGGGCGGAAGGGCGGAGGAGGAGGGGGAGGGGAGGAGCAGGGAGGAGCGAGAGUGGCUGGCAGGGAUGCUGCUGUGUCGUCGUCGCCUCUGCUCUCGCUCGUGCUCAUGCCUGCAUUCAAGGAGGUGGCAGCGGAUCAGCAGGAGCAGGCAGCAGUGCGGACAGCAGCAGAUGCAGCAGAUGCUCUAGUGGAGAUGGAAAGGUGUGCUCCGGGCUCCUGCCAGCUGCUGCUCGCCAGCCUGCUCGGCAAACUCGGCAGUGCAUCAGAGGAGGUGCCGCCCUUGCGUGACCUGAAGGCCAAUGCGCGCAGGCAGUUUGGGGGGCCAGGGGGUGAGGGAGGAGCAGAUGGGAGAGCUGACAGGCGGCAUGGCAAGGGGGGAGACGACGACGUGAACAACCUCAGCCCCCUGGGAAGCUUCCUCCUCCGCAGAUGGAAGGGAAACUCGCUGCUGGAGUCAGGAUGA